CGAGACAUAAACUAUUCUGGUCAAAUCUCGUCUGUAGGGGAAGAUCUGUGGACCGCAAUAAACACAAGACUUUAGUUUCGUAGUGUCUUGUGACAGUACAUUUGAAUAACAUUAAAAAGUGCAUUUAUUUGAGUCAUCUUGUCACAUCGAUUCAUUUCACAUAUACAGUGAUAUGUUUUAAGCGUUUAUUCGUGUUUCAUUUAGGUGAUUAUGACUUGCAACUAAUGAAAAUACAAAAUUUUAUUUCUGAAAGAAUAUAACAUAUUAGCAAUAAUUUAAAAAAAGGCGGACAAAAGAAGAAUGCUACGUGAAAAACGGUAAUUAAAAACAAACGCAGAGCUUUGGUUUUUCUUCAGGCCAAAAAGCUUUAAUGGUACACAGUUUGUACUUCAAGAAGUUCCAAAUUGAGUGUUUUACUUGCUUAUUGUGCCAUUUUACAAUACUAAUAUGUUUUUUAUUAAAACUACAACUCUUUUACUUUCCAAGUUUGAACCUUAGUUUCUUGUUUUCCUUGUUUAUUUGCAUGGAGACAAAUGUUAAGUCUAAGCAAAGACUGAACACCAACAUUUAUAGCAUUAGCUAGUUUGCAAUGCAUGUCCCCACAUGGACCUUAAAUAACAUAAAACAAUUUAAAAGAUAGCAAAACAAUAUGUCGCGAUAAAAUAUCAUACACAAUAUAAAUCAUAACAUUAACCUAAAACUGCACACAGAUUUUUAAAUCUGACACCUUUUCUUCUGUUUGUGAAAAUUAAUAAUAAAAUUAUGUAACAGAAAUACGACUAAAUUUAGUAGUAGUUCCCAAGUGCUUAUUGUGCAGAAUCUUAAACGACUUUGUCCUUUUUGCUUUUGUCAUGCAGUGAGACAAGUAUAUUAUUCUGAUUUUACGUGGUUACUUAGUUCAGCUGUUGGCUAGAGUACUUUAUUUAACAGAUGUUUCCCUCACACUGUAUAUUACUAAGUGUAAUUUUAAAACUGUGUUACCUUACAAAGAGUGAUGGAUGAAGUGUUUAACACAAAGACUGGCUGUCUUUUCCAAUCUGAAAUAUUUGCAAACUACCAAAUCUGUCGCUCUUGUAAGUAAGAAAACCGUGUAGGAGCCCAAAGGAACGGUAGGAUACAGAAUUUUGCCAAGAGCUAAUUUUUACAGUACUGGUUUAAAAAAAUAUCCCUUUGCCCAGCUGCUGAACCGAAAGAAAAUAACUGGUUUCUGAUUUUAGCAGGCUACCAGAGCAUGGCCAGCUACAAUUACAGCCCCUGAGGAAUAAUUAGGGAUCUGAAGAUUGGAAAAGGACAUGCGGAUUAUUUACUGUCCAGGCCACAAUUAUUUUCCUUGACAGGAAGGCAGUGACAUUAAACAUCAGCAGCAAUGCCAUUUUCCAACCUACAUGAUAUAGCAUAAAGAUGUUUUAUUGAAGAAGAACCUUAUGAUAAAUUUAUUUAAUUUAUAUGUAAACACAUCAGAGCUUAUGUUUUUUAUUUCCUUUAUAAGAGUUUUAUUACCUUCUAUCUCUUUGUAUGCAGCGUUGCUGUUUCUUUUGUAGUUCGUGUCCAAGGAUUUACUACAAAAUUACAGAAAAUCUUUGUUUUGAAACAUUAAAAAAGCGUAGAGCAGUGUUGUAGUACUCGAAAACGGUCUUGGUCUCGAGACCGGUCUUAAGACCAUUUUUUGAUAGUCUCGGUCUUGUCUCGGACUCGACCACAUUCGGUCUCGGUCUUGUCUCGGUCUCGGACAUUGAGGACUCGGUAUUUUAUUUCAAGACCGGUCAAGACCACAACUGUGAAAAUAACGCUAAAUCAUCAGUAUCAAUUUCUUUAAGAUCCUUCUUUUUAUUGGAUGCACUCCUGAUUCAAAUUAAAGCAAUAACCCGUCUCAUUGGUAAAUGCAUGUUGUUGUUUUUUUAACUGCUGUCGCCCCCCCCCUUUCACCUUGAGCGCGGACUGCAGCACUUCGAUUGAAAGUUACAAGUGGUUGUCUGAGAAGGGGAUAAGAUGUCGGCCAAAUCAUCGGUUAUAAAAUUUGGCUAUUUAAAUCACAAACAAUACAUUUGUAAAGCAACAUUGAGAAAAAAGCAUACAGCGCAAUGUAAGUUCUGCAGUGCUUCACUAUCAGAGACGGUGGGGACUACGUCCAACUUUUAUCGACACCUUGAAAGAAAGCACAAAGAAAGGUAAGCUGUGUGUAAAAGUGAUAUUAGGAAAGCUAGCAAGUUAACGUAAGCAAUUUCCUCGGUAUCAAAAUUAUUCUACCCGGCCAUCACACAGUUCUUAUUUCAAUAUUAGCUACACAUAUUAAGUUAGCUAAAGUUAUAUAUGUAUGCUUUAUCUUUUAGGGUGAAUGUUCUCCUUUCUUAUCCGCUAUUUGCCACCUAGCUUGAUGCACAAGUUGUCACCUAGUAGUGUUUGUGAAAACAUGUCGGACAUUACUGAUUUAAUUUAAAGAAGUGUUGAUUCGUGUUGUGCAUGGACAACGCUGUUUCAAUUACAGCUUUCCUGAACAUGUCUCCGUAUUUCUGUCGGCUUCAUGAGUGGAUUGCAGCACAUAGGUGGAAGCAGAGCAAAAAUAAAAGUCUGAAUAGAUAAUCGUAAUAUAUUUUGGUUCUUGUUCAAUACUUCUCAUGAAGGAGAAGACUGAUGUGGAAGUCUCUACCUAUGUUUAUUAAUAACCAUAAUAAGGUGACGUACGUAACCAUGACAGAACAAUGGUUCGUAAUGGUUCUGUCAAUAAGUAACCAUGACAGAACGUAAUGGUUCGUAAUGGUUACGUUCUGUAACGUAACCAUGACAGAACGUAAUGGUUCUGUCAGCUUGUGCUGGCUUGUGCUGGUGGGUAACCCCAAUGUCUCCAAAGCCAUCAUAUAUAAUUUAUUAAUGUGCCAAACCUGAUAUGUUUAACCUUAAAUAAGUUGUAUUUUCUUGCAUUGGUCCUACAAUUAACAUUAUUAAGGGAAGUAAGCAAAUGCAGUUAACCUUGAGAGACUGAGUCGACUGGACAUAUAAUAACAUCCUGUUCCUAAGUUAGAUUUUUUCUUUCUCAUGAAAAACAAUUAUGAGACAGUGAAUGAAUUCAUUCACUGUCUUAUAAUUAUGAACUAAGGUCAAUGUAAGUUACACUGACCUUAGGAGCUGGAUAUAGCUCCUGACAUUGAAGAUAAGACGUGGAGGUGAUGCUCUGUUGUUUGGCUGUGGGAACUAGUCUAUAGAUAUAAGCAGAGAGUGAAGAGACUAAUAUGCCUCACCUUAUGAAAAAUUAAUAAAUUAGUUGCUUUGUAUGGAUAUAGGCAAAUUACUUUUAGAAACCACAUUGUUAUGUUGCCAUUUACAAUUUCAGGUCAAUAAGUAACUUUUUACCAGUUCACUCUCUAUGGUUCAUACCAUAUCAGUCAUUUAACUUACUUGUUUAUCCAUUUCAAAAAUGUGAUGGCCAAAAUACCAUUGAUUUGCAUUUUGUUUAUCUACAUGCGUUUCUAGUAACAUUACAUUACACAUAUUUGACAUGUAUUUGUAAAGUUCCUACUUAUUUUUAAGGUUGUUUUCUUAUGUAAUUGAUGUUCAUAUGAUCAGAUAAACUGAUUUCUAUGUCCUAUUUAUUAGGUUCCUGGAAUACAAGGCAGGGCAACAGAGUGAUGUCACACAGCCAACAAUAUCGUUAUUUACACAGAAAGUGCAGCUCUACAGCCCACAAUCGCCAAGGCAGCAAGCCAUCAGUGAAGCCAUUGUUCAAGAUUUGAUCAUUGGAUGUUGUCUGCCCCUCUCCCUCGUGGAAAAUGGACACUUUAAACACUUUCUUGAAGUCCUGGACAGUAAAUACACACCAAUCUCUAGAAAAACAGUUUCUGAGAGACGAAUUCCAGAAUUGGUCAGAAAAGUCAAGGAAACUGUCUUGGAGAAACUGAAGACCCAGUCGUCUGUGUCAUUAACAACUGACCUUUGGUCUGAUCGCAGGCUACGCUCCUUUCUUGGGGUGACUGCCCAUGUGUGCUACAAAUCUAAAGAUUGCUAUGCACUUGAAACCUACCUGCUGGACUGUAGGCGUUUUACAGGGAGGCAUACUGGAGAGCACAUUGCGUCUGCCUUUGAGGAGAUCACUGAGGAAUAUGGUAUUCGUGACAAAAUUAGCUAUAUCAUAACAGACAAUGCACCCAAUAUGAAAUGUGCUUUCAAAGUACACAUGCCCCAGCAGCAAUCUGAUGACAGUGAGAGUGAAGAGGAUAAUUUAGAUGACGAGCACUUGUGGGAGGACAUUAAUUCAGAGGAAGACAUUGACUUACCAUGGUCAUCUGGUGAACGUCUUUCCUGCUUUGCACACUCUCUCCAGUUAGUUGUGCAUGAUGGUAUGAAGGAGGUCAAGACCAUUUCUCGCACCAUAGCAAAAACGUCAAAGUUCGCAACCCUUUUACAUAGCAGCUCACAAUUUAAAGAUAAGUUUGAGGCUGCAUUUGGCACCAAUAAAAGUGUUCCAGCUGCAAAUACAACUCGUUGGAACAGUACAUUUAAACAAGUACAGGCCCUUACAACUCUAGAACACAAAUCACUCAGUGAAAUGUGCAACAAAGACUAUGAGGAUGUCGUGUUCAGUGCGCGGGAGUGGAACCAGCUAAAGGAGCUAUGUAUAGUUCUUUCUCCAUUUGCUGAAGCAACAGAGCUGACCCAAGGGGAAAGAUCAGUGACUAUUAGUAUGGUGGUUCCAACUGUACUGGACUUGAACACACACCUCCUCAAGAUGGAGGAGACCCGAAUGCAGUGCCGGCCGUUGGUCAGAGCCCUCCAGCAGUCUCUGGUGAAAAGAUUUUCUGGAAUCUUUACAAAAACAAACAUGGCCAAAGACAGUGGAAGAGAGGAACCUUUUAACCAUGAUGUGUACUUCUUUGCUGCCAUGCUGGAUCCACAGUUUGGCUUAAGCUGGGUGGAUUUAGAUGUUACCAACGGAGGUAAUGCAGCAUCGGUGAAGAAGUUCAGAGAUGAACUUAAGAAGACACUGACAGACACAUUGAUCUUUGGGGUGGAGAACAUGGAGAGUACAGAUGACAAGUGCUCAGAAGCCAUGAAUGUGGAUCCAACCAGUCAUUCGCCACCAGCCAAAUGCCCUCGACUUCUGUCACGCUACAAGGCACAUAAGAAGCACAGCUCCUCUGUCCAGAAUUCAAGUAUUGCAACACAAUUAAACAGAUACUUUAAUGAUAUAAGAGACUGUGACAGUGACAAUGCUCUUGCCUUCUGGGGAGAAAACCAGUCCAAAUAUCCUCAACUGCACAAUUUGGCUUUGAAAGUGCUAUCCGUCCCUGCCUCCUCUGCACCAGUGGAAAGGGUUUUUAGUCGAGGAGGCAUUGUAAUGAGACCCCAUCGUGCACGUUUAGGUGCAAAAAUGCUGCAGUCUCUAAUCUUUCUGAAGUGCAAUGAAACCUUACUUUAAACUAAUUUUAUGUAUCACCUACUUUAUUUCAACCACUGUUCAACUACAUGGUUAUCCUUGUUCUUGAGUUUUGCCAUUGACGUUUUCUAAAGCUUUGGCGUAUUAUGAAACUGCUUCCAGUUGUAUAAUUUUAUUUUUGAAACGCAUGCAGUUGGGCCUCUAAAUGUCAGAUUUCUUUAUUAUGUAUGUUAUGUAUAAGUUGCUACAUCCAUUCAACAGCAGAGUUAAAGAUGCAGUAUGUAACUUUGUUAAAACAAAAAAAUAUCUUUGUAAAAGUUAUAUAGUUUUUUUUAUAUAUUUAUGUCACUAUGUUGUGUCAGUAUGUUAUGAGACUGACAAGCUGUGAAAAUAUUGAGCUCCUCUGCCUUUUCUCCAUGUUCCCAGUGCUAACUGGAGAAAUACACUGCUUGGUCAAAAACAAACCAUCUGAUCCAGCAAAAGGGUCUUAGAACUGAUAAAAGUCAGUCAUGUUUUUGUGCACGUAUUUCAAUGGGGUUUGUAUUUCUGCAGAUGGCAGUAGUCGCUCAGGGAGGAAGUGAAGGAGAUCAAUCUUUUUUUCAACAAAUUAUCUGUCUCAUAACAUAUUGUCACAACUUGGUGAUAGAUAUAGAUUUAUUUAAGAAAAGUUAUAUAAUGUAGCUAUAAUCUGUAUACGAGAGAGAAACGAGAGAAAUGAUUGGCAUUUUUUCAGUUUUACAUAUUUGCACAUGGUUUUGAAAUAGCACAUUUAAAAACAACAUAAAUGUAUGUACUGUUCAUGAAAGGCAGAUAAAAUACUAUUUUGAUCGACUUUGAUUGUUUGAAAUUCUAUGAUUACAACAUAGAAGUACUAAAUAAAGAUGUUUAUGUUUAUUCCAGUUCUCUGUGUAAAAUAUCUAGGUGUUUUUACGUGAAUGUGGGUCUUUUAGAUCAAUUUUAGUGAUUUUGAUCAUGUUUCACAUUUUAUUGUCACAUACUGGCGCUGGUCUUGGUCUUGACUCGGUCUCGACUUCCCUCGGUCUUGGU